UUACACAGCGUGGAGUUCAAUGACAUUCUGAGCUUUCAUAAGACAGGGAACUUCUCCAUGGUGAGAUGAUGUCGUUAUCCUUUUUAUUCAGAACAGUUACGAGAGACGUUGCAAAGGUCAGCCUCUGCCAGCAUGUACAGUCGCUACACACAGGUUGUCAGCUCCUGGCAACAGACAAAGCCCUCCUGAUGAAACUCCGGAAAGGCACCGGCUACACUUUCAUUAACUGCAAGAAAGCACUGGAGAAGUUUGAUAAUGACAUAGCACAGGCAGAGACCUGGCUACAUGAGCAGGCUCAGAAGGAGGGCUGGAGCAAAGCUAACAAACUGGAGGGCCGCAAAGCCAAAGAGGGUCUGAUUGGUCUCUUUGUAGGAGAUAAAGCUGCAGUUAUGGUGGAGGUGAACUGUGAGACAGACUUUGUUGCCCGCAAUGAGAAGUUCCAGCAGCUGGUUAAGGAUGUGGCAUUUGCCACCUUGGCUCACCACCAGAAUAAAAGCCGAAGCCAGGAAGGAUAUAUCAAGAGCGUCUUGGCAGGUGAAGAGUUAAACAAACUCAGUGUGGGUGAAGGAGCUUCACUUGCAGACCAGGUGGCUCUCACAAUAGGACGCCUCGGUGAGAACAUGUCAGUGAAACGGGCGGUGACAGUCGGUGUCCCUGCUGAGUGGAACAUCGGCUCAUAUGUGCAUGGUGGUGUGAGCGGUCAGACUGAAGUGGCCAUGGGGCGAUACGGUGCACUGGUCGUAUUCCAGGGUGGAAAGGAGGCAGAGCAGGAAACUUUAGGUCGGAAGCUGGGACAGCACAUAGUGGGAGAGUCCCCCAUAUCCCUGGGCAACAUGGAUGACCUGCCCUGUGGUGAAAGCGAGACACGUCUGCUGCCUCAGACCUUCCUGGGAGACCCCAACAGGACUGUAGCACAGUUCCUCAGGGGUCAACAGGCUCGUGUACUGGACUUUGUCCGAUUUCAGUGUGGAGAGGUAAUCGGUGAAAAAGCUGAAUGAAAGGAGGAAAAUAAUGUAUCCAGUAGGAUUUUGUCAUGUUUGCAUUUCAUGUGAAAAGUACCCAUUUAUAUCAGUCAAACAGUCCCACACUGUCAUCAUUAAUUUAAAAGCAGAAUUAAUUGACCUCCCAGCAUUGGUGACUAUCAAUAAAAUGUUUUUUUUUCUGGAAA